GUCGGAAAUCUCGACGAUCUCUUCGACGAGGAGGAGCUCAGUCUACAGGUGGGUGGCAGUGGCAACGCUUCCAGUGACGCCCAAGCCUGGAAAGGAUGGUACAAAAUCAAAAGCAAGGCGAAGACCGCCGAUGCAGCUGAACUCGAGGCCGCUGCCUUCGGCGCGCGUCCCACUUCCAUCCUGGAGACUCUCACCACGGCGCCUGCCGAGCAGACUGGUGCUUCGAAGGAAGUCAUUGAGGCUGCUGGAAAAUGGCAGGCUGUUUGCGAGGAGAAGGGGCUGUAUCUUUAAUGGGCUUUAUUCGGGAGCAACUUGUCUGUUCGAGGCUGUAUAG